AUGGCGCCUCCCAACCGCACCGUAAGCAACAGCAGUACGAUCGCUACCAACGACGGCGACAGUAGUGAAGUCUACGAGAGCGUGUUGGACGUGGACGAUCACAUUGAAAUGUUGAGUCGCGCCAGCAGCACCAAGAAGAAACCUCGUCGCAUGGCUUCCGCUACGGGCGCUAGUAGCAACACUAAUAACAAUAAUAAUAUUAGCAAUGCAGACGAGAUGCUCAAAUGGCCCAUGAAAACAAAAUCAUGA